UAACUUUAAAUUGUUGAAAAAAUAAAAUGUCAAGUGUUAGUUGUAAUCAAUCGAACGCUCAACAUUUAUUUCCCACCACAAUUGUGUCUUCGGGCAAAAUGCUUAAAUAUCCCCACAUUCAACCCCAUCCCAUGGCGGAGGAUGGCAAAAGUCGCAAAGUGAACCGUGCUCAACCCUACAAUGCUGAACAAUCACAGCAUUCGGUGCUUAGGCGCAAUGCCCGCGAACGAAAUCGUGUGAAACAAGUGAACAAUAGUUUUGCCCGCCUCCGACAGCACAUACCUCAGACGAUUAUAGCAGAUUUGACCAAGGGUGGAGGUCGUGGCCCCCAAAAGAAGAUAAGCAAGGUGGAUACUCUACGCAUUGCGGUGGAGUAUAUACGCCGAUUGGAAGACUUACUGGAGGAUUUGAAUGGCGGCAGCAUAAGUCUGCCACAGCAAUUUGAGUUGCAAAACAACAGCUCAAAUUGUGAUACGGCCAGCAAUAGUUCCUUCAGUUCCAGUGGGUCCUCGACCACAGCUUCAGUGUACAAUAGCUCACCCACACCGGUGUAUUAUACGCAAUCCACCAGCCCUUUGCCUUCAUUGAUGGAUGCCAAUCUGCAAUCGGGUCAUUUGAAUCCCUAUGGCAACAGCACAACUUUGCUCUCUCCAGUAUCCCUAAACUCGUAUUCGCCUCAACAUAAUACAGUGUAUGACAAUAACAAUACCAGUAGCAGUAACAACAACAUCACCAAUGGCAGUCAAUCACCCACCUCAUCUUUCAACUCCAGUCUGUCCUAUGAAACAGCCAACUUUGAGGGUCAACCCUUGCCCGACUUAUCCUCAACACAAAUCAAUGCUGCAGCUGCACAUUUCGAGACCAACAUUCAAUUGAAAUUUGAACCCUACGACAAUUUCAAUUUGGAUGAGGAGGAUUGCACCCCCGACGAUGAGGAGAUCUUAGAUUAUAUAUCCUUGUGGCAGGAACAGUAG